AAGUCAAGGGCUUGGGUUGGAAGAGAGUCAACUGCGCUCUAUUUGUGCUUCAUCGAGGGAUGUUAUCGUGCUAAAUAUUCAAUCUUCGCGUGAAACGGUACAAGACACAUUUGACUUGCAUUGACACCAAGCGUUCUGGCUCCUUGUUCCCCUCCUAGAGGGCGUCUGUGAGGCUCGUAGUCGCGCAGAACGACGACGAGAUGGUGGUCGAAGGGCAGGCAUAACGUUUGAACUCCGCUGCGGUGCCGAAGCGUGCCGCGUGCCUGUAGCAUGCACAGCCAGCCUUAGCGCUCAAUUUGCGCACCCAUGGUGGCUCGCCAAUUUAUUGCUGAAACAGAGCGCCUCCCAGAUCACGCCCAUGUGUUGCUCAUAACAACUGGCAGCGUGGCAUCUAUCAAAGCUCCUCUCAUUGUCUCAGCGCUUCUUCAAUACCAAAAUGUCAGAGUAGAAGUGGUUGCGACCAAGGAGUCGGUCGCAUUUUAUGACCCUGCAGAUGUAGUCAAUGCAGGCGCCCGCGUGUGGACCGAUGAGGACGAGUGGUCGGGGCCAUACAAGAUUGGAGAUCCGAUUCUGCAUAUCGAGUUGAGGAGGUGGGCUGAUAUUGUUCUUGUCGCUCCCUGCUCGGCGAAUACGCUCUCAAAGAUUGCACACGGACUCUGCGACAAUCUUGCGACCUCUCUGCUUCGUGCGCUGGCACCUACGACACCGACUUACGUAUUUCCGGCGAUGAAUACGCUCAUGUACGAGCAUCCGCUCACGGCAGAACAUUUGCACGUUGUGCGGGAUGUUGUGCGCUACCAAGUUGUCGGGCCAAUCGGAAAAAAUCUUGCCUGUGGGGACGUUGGACUCGGUGCCAUGACGGAAUGGCGUGAUAUCGUGGAGAUAGUAGUGGAUCAAAUGAAACUCGUUCGCAAAGACAGCAAAUCAUAA